AUGUGGCCAGAAGUCAGUAUAAAGCAGAUCGAACACUGUUGCGUGAAAGGGUCGACUCUACUGACAACCCAGAAACACCAGGCCAAGGCCUCUGCUGCCAUGAUGCGUGCUCUGCAGAAGUUUCUGCUCUUUCAUGCUCUGACAUGUCUCUGGCGGAAUGCACUUGGGACUGAAAUCAUACACGGGCAAAUUGCUCCACGGAACCAGAUGCUGUAUAUGGCCUCAGUGCAGACCAGAUCCGGACACCACUGUGGAGGCUCCCUCAUCAGUGACAACUUUGUCCUCACUGCUGCGCACUGUGAUCAUCAUGGACUGGAGAGCGUUGUUUUGGGGACCCACGAUCUCAGAAGCGGUGGGACAGUGAGAAGAAUUGUGCAGAGAUGCAGAUACCCUUAUUAUCAGCAUCACACAACAGGAGGUGACAUCAUGCUCCUCAAACUGUCUCCGAGAGUUCCAGAGGGUGGAACAAUACGACACAUUUCGCUUCCCUCUCCUAACAUGAAACUACAACACAACCAAGUGUGCCAGGUGGCUGGAUGGGGAGUGACCGAAGCCGGUAGAGGUGUUGCUGACCUGAGAGUGGUGGAUGUGUCUGUCGUCGACCAGAACGUCUGUAGACGGCAAUGGUCUUGGAUACCUGCCAAUGUCAUCUGUGCAGGUGGAUAUCAGACACUCAAAGGAGCCUGCAAUGGUGAUUCUGGUGGCCCUCUGGUGUGCAACGGGGUGGCUGCUGGUGUUGUAUCUUACGGAGAUCAAGGUUGCAGGGACCCACGUUUUCCAAAUGUCUAUACAGACGUGUCCAAGUUCCGUCGCUGGAUCAACCAGAUUAUCAGGCACAAUGGUUGUUAAAUGCAACAACCUUACAAAAAAGCUUGCUUUAGCAAACCUCCAUUGUAUUCAGGAGGUGUAGUUAUGUCUAAGUCACUCUGUCAGUGUUUGCUCCUUGACGCAAAGCAAAAUAAAAAAAAAAGU